AAAAGGAUCACGUUCUUCCCCAAGGGGUUCGGAUUGCCAUGGCAGAUGCCGAAGGCACCUUGCCAGGAGCUGCAGCCCCGCGGCCUGCCUGGGGCUUCCGAGGUCCCGCAAGCGCGGCGGUCUUCGCGUGUGUCUGUCUCGGCACCUUGCUCCUCCUGGGCGGCGCCCUCUUCUUCGGUGCCACGCAUCGAAGCGCGUCGGACCCGGAGGAGCUGGACCUUCGGCACUGGAGACCGACCAGCACCGAGCACAGGGGUCAGCAACCCUCCUUGCUGUUCAAGCAGGUGCUGGAAGGUGCAGAUUUAGCCGUGGAGUUGGAGGGUUUCACGGCCAAGGAGGUGAACUUGAGCAAGCUGGAGGACCAGAGGAUUCACCUCCAUACAGCGUCAAGAGAGGCCCUCUUGAACUUCACCUUCCGGGCCAACGACCGUCCAACGACCCUGAAACGGUUCUACUUCACGCUCUUCGUCUCGCCCCUUCGCGCGGUGCGUGUGUGGAACUUCUCCCGGUUCUGCUGGGAUUUGGCCUCCGACGUGGAGCAUCUGAGCCAAAGCGAGGGGCGCGAAGUCCUUCUACGAAAUGUUGGCCUGAGUCAAGGUGGAGAAGACCGGCGCAAGCGCGCGGUGAGCUUCGAGUUCCAAGCGACGAGCAACUUCAUGGUGUCCAUCACCCAAGGUGAUGAGGACGACCGAGGGAUGGAGAUGUUUUUCAGCGGCCAACAGGUGGUCAGCGAGGUGUGCGAGGUCUCCGGGCAUCUUAAGGAUGGCAUGACGGUGGAGAUCAUUCAAGGUGAAUUCAAAGGCUAUCGCGGCAGAGUUCGCCUGGGCGACGGGCGAUUCCAGGUGCAACUGGCCAAUGGCACAAAGCUCCAGGUUGGAGAGUUGCAAUGCCGCAUCCUCGAGGAGGACUUGCAUGUGCUGGAGUCUGAGUGGAAGGCGGAGCAUUUGCAGCACCGCUGUGAAGGUCUAGUGGAUGCCGAGAGGACCUGCUCCCAGGACGGCUGCACGGUGCUAUUGGCGCCAGAGGUUUUGAGCUGUGAAGGCUAUUGCCAGGCUCACGGCAUUCACUGCAACCAGGCCUGGCGCUCACAUGGAGACUCCUGCCAUGGUGCCACGCCCGCCACCUGCGCGGGGGAGAUGCGGAUGAGGGGCGAUCGGCUGCUAUGCCGAUGCCAGGCCUUAGGCCUCAGCCGACUGGGACAAGAGGUGCCUCUGAAUGCGCAUGUCUUGGUGGACAGACACACUGGGGUGGUGACCAAGGGACCCGAUCACGAUGGUCAUGUCCGAGUGAAGAUGCCCAAGCUGCUGACCUUGGAUCGACCCUUCUUCCGCCCGUGGGAUGCGGACGCUGCGGCGCAGCCGAGACCGUGGCACGGUAGCUGUGAUGAGCUGCGACAAGGUGAUCCAGUGCAGCUCACGGAGGGCCACUUUCGCGGGCACCGCGGAGCCGUGGAGCGCUGCGACCCUGUCUCAAAGCAAUACACGGUGAUUUUGGAUCAAUGGCUGCACGUCAGCGCCUACAAUCUGGUGGUGUUGCAUUGCAGCGCCUUGCAGCCCUUGGGGCAGAAUUGCUCGGAGGAUCAGUGUCAAAUCCGUCCCCAUAGCCAUCGCGAGUCCUGUGAGCAGUUCUGUCAUGCUGCAGAGAUGCGUUGCUUUCGCGCCUGGCGCGGCCAAAAGGGCAGAUGUGACAUGGACCAGCCACUGCCCUGCAGUGCAGGAGCGGGAACUGAGAAGGUGUGCGAAUGCGCGCCGGAUGUCUAUGCCGGUGGGAACUGCUUCCGGCAUGAUCUCAGCUACGAGCCUCUCAACAUGCCGGGCCAACUGAGAAGCCACGAGCGCUCGGCAAAGGCCUGCGCCGAGCGCUGCGCCUCGGUGCUGGGCUGCGCACACUUCUCGUACUGGUCGGAUGGCGGGUGUCAUUUGCAGGACCGCCAUGCUCGCCUGCUGGGGCGUCCCGGCGUCGUCGUCGGCCCCGGUGACUGCCUGGCCGCAGCGGCGCGAGAGAGACCCGCGGAGAUCGGGGAGACGGACCUGUGCCAAGCGGGCGUGAGCUACAGGCCGUUAGACAUGGAUGGGCAACAUCGAAGCCACGAGCCUGACCUACAGCACUGCGCCGAGCGCUGCGCAGCCGUGGCGGGCUGCGCACACUUCUCGUACUGGUCGGAUGGCGGGUGCCAUUUGCAGGACUCGGAUGCCAAAGAGCAGAGCACUUUGGGCGCCAUCGCCGGGCAUCCCAAGUGCCAGACGGACUCCGGGUCCAGCUCGGCGACCGUGCGCGGAGUGGCAACGACGACCACGGCACCAGAGGAGCCAGGCGCUCGAGCGAGCGCGACGGCUCGAGCCGCGCCGAGCCGCGCGGCCUGCGCUGGGCUGGUGGAUGUGGUGCAGUACUGUUCUGCAUCCAAAGGUUGCAAGGAUUCCGACUCUGUGCAGAUGUCACAGCGAAGAACGGCCACUGUGCGGCGGAUGGCUCAAAGGUCUUGCUUCGACUACUGCGAGCAACUCAGCUCCUCGUGCUCUCGAGCCUUCAUUGGUGGCUGCCAUGGAGAAGAGGUAGACUGUGACGAGAUCACCGGUAGCGAUGCCAUGACCUGUCACUGCCACGGUGGCCGAGCAGAUCUGCGACGCUCCGAGGCGCAGGAGCUGCACCAGUCGCAGGAAGAGGUGCAGACAUGGCAGUUUCAUUGCCAUGAGGGCAGUCCCAAGACAUGGGACAUGGAGAAGCGCUGGUGGUGUUGUCGGGAGCUGGAGAUCGGAUGUGGUGCCCGAAGCUGUUGGCAAGCGCAGCACGAGGGCGAUUGGUCCAUGGAGAACCGCAUGUGGUGCUGUCGAGCACAGCAAGUGGGAUGCGACCAUGAAGAGGUGCACCAUUUCGACUGCAGCAACGGGCUCCGCAACUGGAGGAACGGCUGGUCACCGCUCAAGAAGAAGUACUGCUGCAAGCGGGAGACGCUCGGAGUGGGAAGCGGUGGAGUUGAGAGCAUUGCGAUCGAUGCACCGCGGCUGCGACGGGACGGCGGGACCGGGACCGAAAGCCCGGCUGCACGGCGAGCUGUUUGGCCUCGGCGCCCUACUGGGCGUGGCCGUGCUGGCUUCGCGCGCGCCAACUGGCGCAGCGUGCCGCGGAGGACGAGUUCGAGGGAUGAACAGUCGUUGGAACUGUCGUGGCCGUGGCCAUAUUUGGCCGGCCGGCCAGAGUCAUCCGACUUCUUCGAUGACUUUGGGUCGUUAUGGCCAGAGACCACCGUGACGGUGGGUUGGUUCCCUGGUGCUGGCUUGCCCGUUCACACUGACAAUAGCCAGGACUACCUCUCUCAACGUCAUGUCACGGUGGUGGUGUGGCUCAACGAGGUUGACGUGGAUUUUCAAGGCGGCCAUUUCUUCUUUGGCAGCGAGCCAGCCAUCAGGCCGCAGCAGGGCAGCGCGGCCAUCUUCGCGGCUGACGUGCCUCAUGGCCUGCAGCCUGUUACCCAGGGGCUCCGCAUCUCCUUGAAUGUGUGGUUCAGUCGGGAGCCCAACGCCUCGGAAGACACCCGGCUGUUGCAGAGACCCUUCAGCUGGGGCACCACGGCACAACGCCUUUGGGGACUGGGACCUCAGGAGGCAUGGCCACCAGGCGAUGGCCAUGGGAAGCUCUUGAGACACAGCUUGUCCUCGGUGAAAGCGCCGGCACGUGGACAUCGACUGGGCCACCGUGGUGUGGAUGGGAAGAAGACACCUGGGCGACAGCUGCUAAGGUCGCUUUGCCGCGGUCCAUGCCCAUCCAGCCCAAAGGAUGUGCAGCGGGGAGGAUUGAUGGUAGCUGCCUUCCUUCGGCUGUUUGGAAGACGGGGACAGCGCUGCUGUGGUUCCUGCCUUUGUCGCCUCGUGCGGCGGCGCGAGCGACUGGUGGCCAAACGGCUUGGCCUUUGGCACGACCAGGGUCUACUGUCGAUGCCACGUUUCAGCCCCGCGAGCUGUGGCUGUGGCUCCCUGGAACGUCCACUACCGGGGCUGCUGCUGAAGCGCCAGGUGGUGAAGAAACAGGAAGAGGUCAUCCGUCGAAGCCAGAGGCUGCUGCGGCGGCAAAACCAGGCGAUGCGCUUUGGACAGCUGCCACACUGGGCCCAGCGCCUGGCACGGAGGUGUGCGCCCACCCCGGCGUUCCGUGUGCCAUAUGACCAGCUCAUUGUGAAUGCCUAUGACCCGGGUGAGGGCAUCUUGCCGCACAUUGACCUCUUAAAGUUCGAUCGUCACGUCCUGGGCCUCAGCCUCUGCUCCGAGGCCACGAUGAUCUUCCGGCAGAUCCGCCCCAGCGCCUUGCCGGUGAAGUCAGGUCAAGAGUGUUGCCUGGAACAGGACACCGACCGGACCGUCCAAGUGCAGCUCAGACCAGGCGACGUCUAUGCGCUCAGAGGAGCUGCCAGGUACCAAUGGACUCAUGAGAUCUCUCCCGUCACUCAACGUCGCAUCAGCUUAACGUUCCGACGGCUGCUGGAGAGCUCCUGGCAGGGCGAUGGUGGCGAUGUUUCUGUGUGA